AAACUAUAAUUUACAAUGUGCAACUUACCACAACUCGCAAUUCCUAAUCUGUGCAAACUAACCAACCAAAAUGAUAUAGUUGUCUAUGAUCUGUGCCAACCAGUUAUUAACCUAGAUUGUUAAAAUGUAAAUAAUAUAGUAAUAUUACCCUUAUUAAAAAAAUGACUUCAAGGAAUCCCACAACUCUCAUGACAAUUCCUCCCGAUGAAAGUUUUGAUUUUUUGUUUAAAAUAGUUUUAAUUGGCGAUUGCGGAACAGGAAAAACUUGCGUUGUGCAACGUUUUAAAAAUGGAACAUUUAUUGAGAGACAUGGAAAUACCAUAGGGGUAGAUUUUUCCAUGAAAACUGUAAUGGUUGAUGGGAAACGAGUAAAGCUACAAAUAUGGGAUACUGCAGGUCAAGAACGAUUUAGAACAAUUACACAAAGUUAUUACCGUUCUGCAAAUGGGGUGAUAAUAGUUUAUGAUAUUACCAAACGUCCUUCCUUUCUCUCAGUAACAAGAUGGGUGGAAGAAGUAAGAAGAUAUUCAGGCAAUGCAGUUUUGUUAGCACUAGUUGGUAACAAAGCUGAUUUGGAAAGUUGCCGUGAAGUGGAAUUUGAAGAAGCAGAAGCUUUAAGUCAAUACAUGCCUGAAGUUCUGUUUGUUUUGGAAGCUAGUGCUAAAGACAAUUCAAACAUUGAGGAGGCCUUCAUGUGCUUGGCAACCGAGUUAAAGAGACGCCAAGACAGUGGCCUGUUAGUUCAGGAGGAUGAAGAGGUUGUAAAAUUGGGAGAAAGCAGAUCUAUAUCAAAAUGUAAUAAUUGCAGUAGAAACAUUUUCUAGUGGAAGAUUUUUUGUAAACUGUAUCAAAAGUUAGUGCCUUAUACAUUACUAUAGUUAUUUAUUUUUGCGUCUUAUGUCUAUAUUUAUUUUAUUCAAAUUCCAUUUUAGAGACAUACUUUUAAACUGAUUUUAACAAGAUAACAAAUUUUUGUGCAAGGGUUUAGAACAAAAUAGUAAAUUAAUUUAUGGAAUAUAAAUAAACAUCAUUCUUUAACAAAAUAUAAUUAGCUUACUGAAUGCCAUAUCUGGUAACAUAUUGUGAUUUAUGUUAUUUUGAAAAUAUUUGAAAUUGUUUGCCAAGUUUAAUAUACAUACACAAGCGAAAUGCUCAGUAAAAAGGUUAGUAGUAACUUAUGUGGUUAUUAAAGAUAGAGUAACACUCUUUUUUAUAUUAAAGUUAAUAUUUGAACUUUGUAAUUUUUUGUCCUAAGAUUUGUCAGAGUUUAUAAUGGAUUCAUCCAAUCCAUAAGAAAUUAAUGAUAGCUUUUGUGAACUACCAUUUUCUUAAUUUUAAGGUUAUUGUUAAAACAAUUUUGAUUGCCUGAAUUCACCAUUUUACACUCACAAGAAAAUAAUUACAUAAUAUUAUUUUUUAAAAUUUUUGAUUGAAACAAUUUAAGAUUUAUAGAAAAAUUACAUUUGUUGUGAUUUUUCCUUGACUCAAGUUGACAAUGGGGGGACCAAGACUUGAUACACUUAUAGCCGUCAACCGUAGGGGCUGAAAGUCUUGUUUCCUACUGUAUUUAAAAAUUUGGGGGGAAAGUUACAAAAUAUUGUUGUAAUUUGCAAGUUGUGACAAAACUAAAAUAAACAUAAUGAUCUGGUUAGUUUUUAUUGUACUACAAAACGAUUUGAAAUAAUUUCUCUUACAUAUUCACUAUAUUAUAAUGCCAAAUAGAUAUUUUAUACAAAUUGAGCAAAUGUGUAUUAUUUACUAUUUAUUACCCUACAUUAUUUUUUACAACUAUGCUUAUUUAACAACAUUAUGUUAUAUUUAUAGUGCCACAAGUUUUUGUUCUUGUUUAUCAUUUAUCAUAUAUUGAAGAUCACAUUGUUGGUUUGGUAUCUUUUACAUUGUGUAGUUGAAAUUAAUACAUCUAAUUGAAGACCUUAGCCUAGGUCUAAAUCUAUUCCAAAUAAUUAAAUAUGGAUUUUCCUAU